UAAUAGUCAAUCAUCAAAAAAAUCUGUCAAAAUUUCAGUAAUUACGAAGAUACAUUAAAAAAAAUGUGCGAUUGUAACAAAGGUGAUAAUUCCCGUAAAUCUGGUAGCAUUUUUUGCGGAGGAGGAAAAUGUACUUGUAAAUCAGACGAGGAUUCCUGUUGUCCGACUCCAUGCAACAAAAAAAGCGGUAAAACUAAAAGCAAAUGUCAAACAUCUAUGGGAAAAACUUUUAGAAUAGUAAUGGUACGACAUGGGGAAUCCGAAUGGAAUAAACUGAAUCUUUUUUGUGGAUGGUUUAACGCCGACCUCAGCGAUAGAGGUAGAGAAGAAGCCGUCAGGGCCGGACAGGCCAUUAAAGAGAUGGGUUUAAAAUUCGAUUUAGCGUUCGCGUCCGUAUUAAAACGAUCUCAAGAUACGUUAAAAUCGGUUUUAGAAACUAGCGGACAAAGUUCUAUACCCGUUGAGUACACGUGGAGGUUAAACGAACGACAUUAUGGAGGAUUAACAGGAUUAAAUAAAGUGGAAACAGUUGAAAAAUACGGGGAAGAACAAGUACAGAUAUGGCGUAGAAGUUUCGACGUACCGCCUCCGCCGAUUACACCCGAAAAUCAAUAUUACAGCACGAUUUUAAACGAUCCUAUAUACGCAAACGGACCACCGAAGGAUCAAUUUCCCAUGUUUGAAUCCCUUAAAUUAACCAUAGAAAGAACAAUGCCGUUUUGGAACGAAAAAGUUGUACCAGCUAUGAAAAGCGGUAAAAGGAUCAUAAUUGCGGCACAUGGGAACAGUUUAAGAGGAAUCGUUAAACAUCUGGAUCAAAUUUCAAACGAAGACAUCGCACAGUUGAAUCUACCUACCGGAAUACCAUUUAUGUAUACUCUAGAUGAAAAUAUGAAGCCGAUAGAGAGUAUGAAAUUCCUAGGGGAUCCAGAAACCGUUAAAAAAGCAAUGGAAGAGGUCGCUAAUCAAAUAAAAAAGAAAUAAAACGAUGCAGAUUACAAUACAGGACUUUAAACUGGUUUCAAUGUUUUUAAUAAAAUUUUAUUGCUUUUCUAACUUUAUAUUUAAAUGCAAAUAUAUAGCAUUAUAUUACUCACA